CCCGCGGGAGGAGCCAGUCGGCAGCCCGCGCCCCCUCCCCGCGGCCCGGCCCAGGGGCCCUGAGGCCGGCUGGGGGUCCCGGAGGGGGCGCCGGUCCUGAAGGGUUUCCCAAUUCCGGGGUCUGAGAGCGAGCCCCAGAGGGGGUCCCGGGCCCCGGGGUCCCCGACAGUGGGGGGCGGAAGGAGUCCAGGCACUGGACGUGUGGGUCCCCCUCGGGAGGCGAGGAGCGAGGCUCCCCGGAGUGCCUGCCUUCUCCAGGGGGUUGGGCUGGGCUGGGAAGGGGGCGCUAUAAGGCCCAGUGUUCGGGCCCCCCGGGGGUGAGUCCUGGAAAACGCAUAAGGUGCGAGGGAGAGCCGGAGGUGCAGAAGCGGGGUCCGCCCUGGGGCUGUGCCCCUCCCCUCCAUCUCUUCAGCGGCCGGGCGAGGGUCCCAAGAACUGGCCCCCUCUCCGGGUCCCAGAAGAGUCGGGGGUGGGGGGCGCUUCCCCGCCUUUAGCUCUCUUCCCCCAGCGGCGCACAUCUGGGGAGUCCCCUCCCUCUGCAAGCCCAGGGGUCUCCCCCUCCCCCCCCCCCCCGGGCCCCUGCAGGGAGGGCCGCCGCUGUCUCCGCGAGAGGGGCAGACGCGGACUGAAUGUUAAUCACCCCGCGAGUCUGUGUUCCAGCGAGCGUGUCCCUCUCCCCGUCCCCCCUCCCUCCCCUUCCCUCCCCUCCCUCCCCACCCUCCCCUCCCGCUCGGGCUCGGGCUCCUUCCCAGCCGCCCGCCCCCCGCCCCAGCUUAGGUGUGUGUGGCAGGCGGGCGGGCGGGUGGCUCAGUCCGGCGGCCGUCUGUCUGUCUGGCCGGCUCGGUCCCGUCCUUUGCUGCAGGGGGGGCCGAGGGGGGGCUGCGCUGCGGCCUCGGCGUCUCCUCUCCAGCGGCUGCCAGAGCCUGACUGGGCCCCUGGGCCAGCCGUCGUCACUCCCCUCCCCCACGACACAGCAGGGUCAUGAAAAGAGGCUGCCCGGCAGGGCCCCCAGGAGAUGCGUGGCCCCCCCGGCCCCCACGGCCCUCCAGGCCCAGCUAACAUGCUCUUGCUGCUGGCCCUGGCCUGCGCCAGCCCCUUCCCUGAGGUGGCCCCCCCGCUGGGCGGCAGCAGCCUCGGGGAGCCGGGCACCGGGCGGCCCCUCAACGUGGCGCUGGUGUUCUCGGGGCCGGCCUACGCGGGGGAGGCGGCCCGCCUGGGCCCCGCCGUGGCCGCCGCCGUCCGCAGUCCUGGCCUGGAGGUGCGCCCCGUGGCCCUGGUCCUCAACGGCACGGACCCGCGCAGCCUCAUGCUCCAGCUGUGCGACCUGCUCUCCGGCCUCCGCGUGCACGGCGUGGUCUUCGAGGAUGACUCCCGCGCCCCGGCCGUGGCCCCCAUCCUCGACUUCCUCUCCGCCCAGACCGCCCUGCCCAUCGUGGCGGUUCACGGCGGCGCGGCUCUGGUCCUCACGCCCAAGGAGAAGGGCUCCACCUUCCUCCAGCUGGGCUCCUCCACGGAGCAGCAGCUGCAGGUGAUCUUCGAGGUGCUGGAGGAGUACGACUGGACGUCCUUCGUGGCGGUGACCACGGCGGCCCCCGGGCACCGGGCCUUCCUGGCCUACAUCGAGGCGCUGACCGACGGGAGCCUGGUGGGCUGGGAGCACCGGGGGGCCCUGACCCUGGACCCCGGGGCCGGCGAGGAGGUGCUGGGGGCCCGCCUGCGCAGCCUCAGCGCCCAGAUCCGCCUGCUCUUCUGCGCCCGCGAGGAGGCGGAGCCGCUGUUCCGGGCCGCGGCGGCCGCCGGGCUCACGGGCCCCGGCUACGUGUGGUUCAUGGUGGGGCCCCAGCUGGCGGGAGGGGGCGGGGGGGGCGGGCCCGGGGAGCCGCCGCUGCUGCCGGGGGGCGCCCCGCUCCCCGCGGGCCUCUUCGCCGUCCGGUCAGCGGGCUGGCGGGACGACCUGGCGAAGAGGGUGGCGGCGGGCGUGGCGGUGGUGGCCCGGGGCGCCCAGGCCCUGCUGCGGGACUACGGCUUCCUCCCCGAGCUGGGCCAGGACUGCAGGGCCCAGAACCGCAGCCAGCGGGGAGAGAGCCUGCACCGGUAUUUCAUGAACAUCUCCUGGGACAAUCGGGACUACUCCUUCAAUGAGGACGGCUUCCUGGUGAACCCCUCGCUGGUGGUCAUCUCCCUGACCAAGGACCGCACCUGGGAGGUGGUGGGGACCUGGGAGCAGCAGGCUCUCCGGCUGAAGUACCCCCUGUGGUCCCGCUACGGCCGCUUCCUGCAGCCCGUGGACGACACCCAGCACCUCAUGGUGGCCACGCUGGAGGAGCGGCCCUUCGUCAUCGUGGAGCCGGCCGACCCGCUCAGCGGCACCUGCAUCCGGGACUCGGUGCCCUGCCGGAGCCAGCUCAACCUCACCCACAGCCCCCCGCCGGACGCCCCCCGGCCAGAAAAGCGCUGCUGCAAAGGCUUCUGCAUCGACAUCCUCAAGCGACUGGCCCAGACCAUCGGCUUCAGCUACGACCUCUACCUCGUCACCAACGGCAAACACGGGAAGAAGAUCGAUGGCGUCUGGAACGGCAUGAUUGGGGAGGUUUUCUACCAGCGGGCGGACAUGGCCAUCGGCUCCCUCACCAUCAACGAGGAGAGAUCGGAGAUCGUCGACUUCUCCGUGCCCUUUGUGGAGACGGGCAUCAGCGUCAUGGUGGCCAGGAGCAAUGGCACGGUGUCACCCUCCGCCUUCUUGGAGCCCUACAGUCCAGCCGUUUGGGUCAUGAUGUUUGUCAUGUGUCUGACCGUGGUGGCGGUCACCGUCUUCAUCUUUGAGUACCUCAGUCCUGUCGGCUACAACCGCAGCCUGGCCACCGGCAAGCGUCCUGGCGGCUCAACCUUCACCAUAGGAAAGUCCAUCUGGCUCCUCUGGGCGCUGGUCUUCAACAACUCGGUGCCCGUGGAGAACCCCCGGGGCACCACCAGCAAGAUCAUGGUGCUGGUCUGGGCCUUCUUUGCCGUCAUCUUCCUGGCCAGCUACACGGCCAACCUGGCGGCCUUCAUGAUCCAGGAGGAGUACGUGGACACCGUGUCCGGACUGAGCGACCGCAAGUUCCAGCGGCCCCAGGAGCAGUACCCGCCCCUGCGCUUUGGGACCGUGCCCAACGGCUCCACAGAGAAGAACAUUCGCAGCAACUACGAGGCCAUGUACAACUACAUGGUGCGCUACAACCAGCCCCGCGUGGAGGAGGCCCUGAUCCAGCUGAAGGCCGGGAAGCUGGACGCCUUCAUCUAUGACGCCGCCGUCCUGAACUACAUGGCCCGGAAGGACGAGGGCUGCAAGCUGGUGACCAUCGGCUCGGGCAAGGUCUUCGCCACCACGGGCUACGGCAUCGCCCUGCAGAAGGGCUCCCGCUGGAAGCGGCCCAUCGACCUGGCCCUGCUGCAGUUCCUGGGGGACGAUGAGAUCGAGAUGCUGGAGCGCCUGUGGCUGUCCGGGAUCUGCCACAACGACAAGAUCGAGGUCAUGAGCAGCAAGCUGGACAUCGACAACAUGGCGGGGGUCUUCUACAUGCUGCUGGUGGCCAUGGGCCUGUCCCUGCUGGUCUUCGCCUGGGAGCACCUGGUCUACUGGAGGCUGCGCCACUGCCUGGGGCCCACCCACCACCUGGACUUCCUGCUGGCCUUCUCCAGGGGCAUGUACAGCUGCUGCAGCGCCGACGCCGCCCCCCCGGCCGCCAAGCCCCUGCCGCCCCAGCCCCUGCCCCUGCCCAGCCCGGCCUACCCGCCCCCCCGGCCGGCCCUGGCCCCCACGGCCGCCGGCCCCUUCCUCCCCCGCGAGCGGGCCGCGGUGGACCGCUGGCGCCGGCCCAAGCCGACCUCGGGGCCCGGGCCCGUCCCCGUCCCGGUCACCCCCGAGGCCGCGGGCCCCCCCCGCGCCCCCCUGCCCGGGGCCAUGGCCGACAGCUUCCACCGCUACUACGGCCCCAUCGAGCCUCAGGGCCUGGGGGAGCCCCGGGUGCCGCGGCCGGCCCGGCCCCUGUCCCCGCCCCCCCCGCCCCAGAAGCCGCCCCCCUCCUACUUCGCCAUCGUGAGAGAGAAGGAGGCGCCGGGGCCCGGCGAGCCGGCCCCCGCCCCUUACGCCGGGUACCCGUCCCCGCCCGCCCCCCCCGCCGCCCCGCUCUGUCACCUGGCUUACGAGGACGAGAGCCCCCCGGCCCCGAGCCGCUGGCCCCGCUCGGACCCGGAGAGCCAGCCCCUGCUUCGGGGGGCCGGCGCGGGGGGGAGCUCCGCGGCCCCCCCGCCCCCGCCCUGCCGGGCGCCCCCCCCGGCCUGCCCCUACCUGGACCUCGAAUUAUCCGACUCGGAUGACUCGGAGAGCUUGGGGGCGGGCUCCGGGGCCGGCCUGGAACCCUGGUGGGUGCCCGACUUCUACCCGUACGCCGACCGCUUGGGCCGCUACUGGUCGGUCGACAAGCUGGGGGGCUGGCGGGCAGGCAGCUGGGACUACCUGCCCCCCCGGCCCGGCCCCGCGGCCUGGCACUGCCGCCACUGCGCCAGCCUGGAGCUGCUCCCGCCCCCGCGCCACCUCAGCUGCUCCCACGACGGGCUGGACGGCGGCUGGUGGGCCCCGCACCACCCCCCGCCCCCCCCGUGGGCCGCCGGGCCCCACCGGAGGCGCCCCCGCUGCCGCUGCCCCCGCGGCCACCGCGCCCCGAGCCGGCGCUCCGGCCCGGCCCCCCACCGGCGGCGCCACGCGGGGCUCUGGGACCUGCCGCCGCCCGCCCCCACCUCCCGCUCCCUGGAGGACCUGAGCACCUGCCCCCGCGUGGCCUCCGUGCACGGCCGCCACUCUCGCCGCUGCCCCCACGCCAGCCACUGGGGCCCCGCGCCCCGCAGACACCGCGGGGGGGACCUGGGCACCCGCCGCGGCUCCGCCCACUUCUCCAGCCUCGAGUCCGAGGUAUGACGGACCCGGCCCCCCCGGCCCGGCCCCAGGACGCGGCGGAGGCCGAAGGAGCGCCAGGGCCCGGGUCAGGACCACGGACAGAGGUGGGGCCGGAGCCAGGACCCGCAGGGCUGGGGCCCAGCCAGGGUGGGGGCUGCACGGGGUUCCCUGAGCCCCGCGGGCUUUUUUAACCUGACAAGGGCUUUUUAACGUCAUGGGAAUGGGGGGGUCCUCCCCUCCACCCUCGCCCCUCUCGUGGGGGCUCCCGCACCAUCACUGUGCUGCUCCCCACGCCCAGAUACCACCAGGGACCACCCCCCCUCCGGGGGAGAGGGGGCUGUUUUUAACCUUCAUCACUGGGACACAAAACUGUGAGAGCCGCUCGCUAAACUGUGACCCCCAACCCUGAGACUGACCCCAAGACUGUGACCCCUGACCCUGAGACUGUGACCCCUGACCCCAGACUGUGAGCCCGACCCCUUCUCCCUAGCCUCUGACUCCUGAGACUGUUACCCCACCCCCAAUCCCCGCCAGACACCUUGGGGUCUCCCCGAACUGAACUCUGAUCCUCCCCAUUCUUUGAACCCCGCUCCUCCGCUACCCCAGACUGCCCUUCACUGUACUCCUGGACAUCCCCCAGACCACGUGUCCCCUCUCCCUCCCAGUAACUGACCUCCAGUGUCCAACCUCAGAACCCCCAGGCCUGGGCCCUCGAAGCCCACCCGGCCCCGCCCUGCAGCAGGGGAGGGACCUGGGGGGGCUCAGGGGUCCAACCCCCACGGAAUAAAUCGAGUUUUUAUGCCUCCUCA